AUGAGAGUGACACGAGCCACCGCUAAGAGGGCAGUCACGGCUACCAAUACCACUACUAUUGUUACCAAAAGGAUAAGGAGAGCUAGUACUGAAAAUGAGACCUCGGCCAAGCCCAUUACUGUGAAACAAGAGUCUAAUGAUACGCGUCUGACCACUACUAUCAAAACUGAAGAAAUAUCCAAUACAAGUGAACCGAUAACUGUGAAACAAGAGUUUGAUAAUGUUUCAGUUAUCAAACAAGAGAUCACGGAUCAAUUUGAAGCGAAACAAGAGACUAAUGAUACUAUACCAAUUAAGCAAGAAUCUAUGGUUAAAGACGAGUCCACGGUUAAACAGGAACCCCCAGUGAAAGAAGACUUCACCACUACUUCUUCUACCAGUUUCCCCCUGUUUGAUUCGAUGAAAACCACUGAAACAUGCUCGCCAAAGCUUAUUGACCAAUAUAACAAAAUCGUCAGUGUACGCAAUCAGAUCGUUGCUCCCGUGGAUACGAUGGGGUGUGAGCGGAUCCCGUAUACGGUCGACCCUACGCUGGCUCCCAAAAUGUUCCGGUUCCAACUAUUAGUGCUGCUCAUGUUAUCAUCGCAAACUAAAGAUGAAGUGACUCACGCUGCAGUGGCAACAAUGCACCAACACUUCCCUCGGGGGCUUUGUCUUGAAUCGAUCCUUGAAGCGCUGGAAGCUGAGAUCGAUACGCUCAUAGGGAAAGUGGGUUUCCAUCGUCGUAAGGCAAAUUACUUGAAGAGGUCAGCAGAGAUUUUGAGGAGUGAACACAAUGGGGAUAUCCCCAAACUGAUUGAGGAGAUUGUUAAAUUACCUGGCGUGGGACCGAAAAUGGGUUAUCUUCUCUUACAAGCAGGCUGGGACAUUUCUAGUGGUAUUGGUGUUGAUGUUCAUCUUCAUCGUAUUGCUAACUUAUUAGGCUGGGUUUCACUGAAAACUCCUGAAGCCACGAGACAACAACUUGAACAAGUGAUUCCUGAAGCUUAUUGGAAACAAAUCAACCCAUUGGUGGUAGGGUUUGGCCAAACGGUGUGUUUACCCGUGGCUGCUAAUUGUGACAUAUGUCCUUUACUGAGUACCUGUCGUGGUGUCAACCGAAAGCUUUUGAAGCAACCACGAACCGAAGCCCGUAAGUUGAAGCUACUAAGCCUGAGAGGUGACAUUAGUCGUCUCAUCGACUGGUAA